AUGAGAGCAACAAGUUGUAUAACCAUCCUCCUGCUAUUAUUAGCCCUGGCCCGUGGAGGCAUUUUACCAGUGAAACCAUCGGAAACCCGAGAUGUAAUAAACCUGGAUGGACUCUGGUACUUUACCACCGAUGCUAAUUUUGUAGAAAACAUUGAAGAGGCUGACGAUUUGGGUCAAGGCUUGAACUUGAUGCCAGUACCAUCCAGCUACAACGAUAUAGCUACCAGUUUAAUCUUGAGAGACCAUGUUGGUUCUGUUUGGUACAAAAAAUACUUUUUUGUGCCCGGUUCUUGGAGCAGCAAAAGAGUUUGGAUCAGGUUCGGAUCUGUUUGCUAUAACGCUAGUGUGAUAAUUAAUGGUGCUUCAGUAGUCAAUCAUUCAGUUGGCCAUCUACCAUUUGCAACUGAAAUCAGCCGACAUUUGAAUUACGACAUUGAAAAUAACGUUUUAGUUGAAGUUAACAAUAUUUUGGAUCGUUAUACUAUUCCUCAGGGUUACGUCGACCAAGUUGGAGGUGGUAAGUUGCAUCAGUUCGUCAAAUUCGACUUUUUUAAUUACGCUGGCAUCGACAGACCAGUCUACCUCUACACUACAAAUGACGCUUACAUCGACGAUAUCAAUAUCGAUAUUAAAUUGAACGGCACCACAGGUUUGGUCACUUAUAGUACUGAAAUUGUUAAUCCGAAGGGCCUGAAGCAACAAAUCAAUAUUUUGGAUAAAAAUGGUCAUCUGGUUGCUGUCGGUAGUGGAAAAUCUGGAACUUUAGAGGUCGAAAAUGCGAAGUUGUGGUGGCCUUAUUUGAUGCGGCCAGAUCCUGGAUACUUGUAUACUUUUGAGGUAAUCCUGAAACAAAAUGACACUCUAAUCGAUCACUACAAGCAACGAUUCGGAAUAAGAUCGCUGUACUACGACAACGACACAUUCACGAUUAACAACGAAAAUAUCUACAUAAGAGGUUUCGGCAGGCACGAAGACUCCGACAUACGAGGCAAGGGCCUCGAUUUGCCCCUAAUUAUCCGCGAUCAUCAUUUAAUCAAAUGGAUCGGCGCUAAUUGCUACAGAACCUCGCAUUACCCGUACGCCGAAGAAAUUAUGGAUUUGGCCGACGAAUUAGGAAUUAUGAUUAUUGACGAAGUACCUUCAGUGGUUACUGCGAAUUUUUCAAAGACUCUUUUAAGCAAUCACAAACAGGCCUGGUCGGAAAUGUAUCAGAGAGACAAAAACAGGCCUUCGGUAAUUAUGUGGUCCAUUGCAAAUGAGCCCAGAGUAACAAUUCCUGCCUCAGGUGAUUACUUCAAGCAAGUGGUUCAGCAUGUCAAAACUUUUGACACUUCUAGGCCGAUUACUUUGGCCAACAUGUACAGUUAUGACAUUGAAUAUUCUGGUAAAUAUUUGGAUAUUAUUGGAGUAAAUCGUUAUGAGGCUUGGUACGUGAACCCCGGCCAAAUCGAUGGCAUCGUGCCUAGAAUCAAAAGUUUGAUAACAGGCUGGAGGAAUUUACACAACAAGCCCGUACUUUUUACUGAAUAUGGCGCAGAUGUAGAAGAAGGCCUGUCUACAUUACCCUCUUUUAUUUGGACAGAAGAAUACGGCAACGACUUGAUAACAGAAUACUUCAAAGCUUUUGACCAACUAAGAAGUCAGCCCUGGUUUGUCGGCGAAAUGAUAUGGAAUUUUGCCGACUUCAAAACCGACACCGACAUAAGACGAGUGGGAGGUAACAAAAAAGGGCUUUUUACUCGAAACAGGCAGCCCAAAGCUGCGGCAUUUGUCGUCAGAAAAAGGUACUGGGCUUUAGCCCAUCAACUCUACAACGCCACGUUGCCCAAGGACUUGGAGCUGUACAUAAGCGACUCUUACAACCACAACAAUAAUAAUUAUAAAGACGAACUUUAAUGUAAAAUAAGUGUCAACUUUUACGUUUACCUGAAGAAAUGUUUGUGUUACCAAGUUUUUUUUUAUAGAAAUUGUAUAAAUACUUUUGAUGUGAUUUAUGUCCCUUAAUUCACAUAUUGAUAUUUAUAAUAGGUUUGCUUUAAUUACAAUAAAGAUUUUUCUGAUUUGAU